AUGGAGCACAACCACCUCCACCUCCACCUCCACAACGGCUCCCUCCUGGCGCACCACCGCUAUGGCUGCGGCUUGGGAUACGCACCUGUCGUCUACUACAGCCUGCUGCUCUGCCUCGGGCUGCCGGCAAACAUCUUGACAGUCAUCAUCCUUUCCCAGCUGGUGGCUCGCCGGCAGAAGUCCUCCUAUAACUAUCUGCUAGCUCUAGCAGCUGCUGACAUCCUGGUUCUCUUCUUCAUCGUCUUUGUUGACUUCCUCAUGGAAGAUUUCAUUUUAAACAAAGAGAUGCCUCAGGUACUGGACAAAAUAAUUGAGGUAUUGGAAUUUUCUUCCAUCCACACCUCCAUUUGGAUUACGGUUCCACUGACAAUUGAUAGGUACAUAGCUGUGUGCCACCCACUGAAGUACCACACAGUGUCCUACCCUGCUCGUACUAGAAAGGUCAUCGUAAGUGUCUAUGUCACCUGCUUUUUGACCAGCAUCCCCUACUACUGGUGGCCCAACAUUUGGAUCGAAGACUACAUAAGCACAUCAAUGCACCACGUCCUCAUCUGGAUCCACUGCUUUACUGUUUACUUAGUGCCCUGCUCCAUCUUCUUUAUCCUGAAUUCCAUCAUCGUGUACAAGCUGCGGCGAAAGAGCAACUUCCGACUGCGAGGGUACUCCACGGGGAAAACAACAGCCAUUUUGUUUACUAUAACUUCUAUUUUUGCCAUACUUUGGGCACCAAGAGUCAUCAUGAUACUGUAUCACCUCUAUGUGUCACCCAUAAACAACAGCUGGGUGGUGCAUAUUGUGUCGGACGUCGCCAAUAUGCUCGCGCUGCUGAACACUGCAAUUAAUUUCUUCCUCUACUGUUUCAUUAGCAAAAGAUUUCGCACAAUGGCAGCUGCCACGCUGAAAGCCUUCUUUAAGUGUCAGAAGCAACCUGUACAAUUCUAUACAAACCAUAACUUUUCCAUAACAAGCAGCCCUUGGAUUUCCCCGGCCAACUCUCACUGCAUCAAAAUGCUUGUUUACCAGUAUGAUAAGAAUGGAAAGCCUAUAAAAAUAUCACCAUGA